AUGAAGGCUCCGAGUAAAACAUCUCUGGUGGCCUCCGUCGCUCGUCUUCUCCACACGGAGAGAUACACAGACAGACAAAACCUAACAACACUGUUCAACAGAUAUGUCGACAAGACAGAUGUCUUCUCGUGGAACUCUGUCAUCGCCGACCUCGCUCGCAGCGGCGAUUCCGCUGAAGCUCUUCGCGCUUUUUCCUCAAUGCGAAAGCUCUCUCUCUACCCUACUCGCUCCAGCUUCCCUUGCGCCAUCAAAGCAUGUUCGUCUCUUCUCGAUAUCUUCUCCGGGAAGCAGACUCACCAGCAAGCUUUCGUCUUCGGUUAUCAAUCUGACAUCUUCGUCUCUUCCGCUUUGAUCGUCAUGUACUCAACUUGUGGACAACUUAGGGAUGCACGGAAGGUGUUCGACGAAAUUCCCAAUCGAAAUAUCGUCUCUUGGACGUCAAUGAUCAGAGGGUAUGACCUAAACGGUAAUGCCCUUGACGCUGUCUCUCUUUUCAAAGAUUUAUUAGUCGAAGAAAACGAAAGUCAUGCUUGUGGAGAUCAUGAAGAUGACGCUGCAAUGCUCCUUGAUUCUAUGAGUAUGGUUUCAGUCAUCUCAGCUUGUUCUCGUGUUUCCGCUAAAGGUUUAACAGAAACAGUUCACAGCUUUGUGAUUAAGAGAGGGUUUGAUAGAGGAGUGAGUGUUGGUAACACUCUUUUAGAUGCUUACGCCAAAAGUGGAGAAAAAAGAGGAGUUUCUGUGGCGAGAAAAAUCUUUGAUCAGAUUGUGGAUAAGGAUCGUGUUUCUUACAACUCGAUUAUGAGUGUUUAUGCUCAGAACGGAAUGUCUAGUGAAGCUUUUGAUGUUUUCCGGAUACUGGUGGAAGAUAAAGUUAUGACCUUUAACUCCAUUACUCUGUCUACUGUGUUGCUGGCUGCUUCUCAUUCAGGUGCUCUGCGUAUUGGGAAGUGUAUACAUGAUCAGGUGAUAAGAAUGGGUCUUGAGGAUGAUGUGAUUGUAGGGACGUCGAUCAUUGACAUGUAUUGCAAAUGCGGAAGAGUUGAGACUGCGAGGAAGGUAUUUGAUCGGAUGAAGAACAAGAAUGUUAGGUCGUGGACGGCGAUGAUUGCUGGAUAUGGAAUGCACGGCCAUGCGGAUAAAGCGUUAGAGCUGUUCCCUGGUAUGAUCGAUUCAGGGGUUAGACCAAAUUACAUUACUUUCGUGUCGGUGUUGGCUGCUUGCAGUCACGCUGGUCUUCAUGACGAAGGCUGGCGUUGGUUUAACGAGAUGAAGGGGAGGUUUGGUGUUGAACCGGGUUUGGAGCAUUACGGUUGUAUGGUUGAUCUUUUGAGCCGAGCAGGGUUUCUUCAGAGAGCUUAUGAUUUGAUACAGACGAUGAAGAUGAAGCCUGACUCUGUUAUUUGGAGCUCGCUUCUUGCAGCUUGUAGGAUCCACAAGAACGUGGAGCUCGCGGAGGUAGCUGUGGCGAGGUUGUUCGAGUUAGACCCUUCGAAUUGCGGUUACUACAUGUUGCUUUCGCAUAUCUACGCUGAUGCGGGGCGUUGGAGAGACGUUGAGAGGGUGAGGAUGGUGAUGAAGAGUCGUGGAUUGGUGAAACCGCCUGGUUUUAGUCUUCUUGAGCUGAACGGUGAGGUUCAUGUGUUCUUGAUCGGAGACGAAGAGCAUCCUCAGCGGGAAAAGAUUUACGAGUUUUUGGAGGAGCUGAACAGGAAGCUGGUGGAGGCAGGUUACGUGUCGAACACGGCGUCGGUUUGUCAUGAUGUUGAUGAGGAAGAGAAAGAGAUGACGCUGAGAGUUCACAGCGAGAAACUAGCGGUUGCGUUUGGGAUCAUGAACACGGUUCCUGGCUCGACGGUUAGUGUGGUUAAGAACCUGAGAGUUUGCAGCGAUUGUCACAGUGUGAUCAAGUUGAUUUCGAAGAUUGUUGAUAGAGAGUUUGUGGUUAGAGAUGCGAAGCGGUUUCACCAUUUCAAAGAUGGGCUUUGUUCUUGUGGAGAUUACUGGUGA